AGAUAGGUGUGUGCACAGUGCAGGGCUAUUAGCCGACCCAAGGAAGCAUAAGUCUCUAUCUGUAGGCGACUGAAAAUGCAUGUCGUGCUUCACACAACAACACUGUUAAAGCUGCAUUCCACUCUGCCUCAUAUAACCCUCAGAAAUUUUGUCUCUCAUUACAUUCUUCCAAACCACCCUCAUUUCUUUUCUCUCUCUUGUUCCCCAUAAAAACCCCCCACCCUUCCCCAUAUGCCCAACCACACCACUCAUUCCAUUCUCUUCUACUGUUUCUGACUACAUACUAUUUCAAUUUCAACUACAUACUAUUUCUACCUUCACCCCAUUUCACAACGCCAUGCCCUCCUCCGACUCCGGCGAAAGCCGUCGAUCAGCCAAGCCUCACAACACUUCCCUAGCCCCACCGCCGGCCGAGCAAGAGCACCUGCCGUGCCCUCGCUGCGACUCUACUAAUACCAAGUUCUGCUACUACAACAACUACAACUUCUCCCAGCCUCGCCACUUCUGCAAGUCCUGCCGCCGCUACUGGACCCACGGCGGCACUCUCCGUGACAUCCCCGUCGGCGGUGGAAGCCGUAAAAACGCCAAGCGCUCUCGCACCGUUCCUUCAGCCUCCACCGCCACAACCUCCUCCUCCGCGGGUCCGGCCGUCACCUCGGUUUCUUCUGUGACCCCGCUCACCAUGGUUCCCGUGGCCGGGAACAACCACCCCGGAGCACCCGUGCAGUUCGGUGGAGUAGUCGUGGAUGGUGAAGCAAAGGGUAAUAACGUGAGCUUGUGCGGUGGGAGCUUCACUUCGUUGCUGAGCAACACACAGCAGGGUCCUGGUGGGUUUCUGGCUCUGGGUGGGUUUGGGCUUGGUCUUGGGCCUGGCCUCGAAGAUGUUGGAUUUGGGAUGGGGAUGGGGAGAGGCGGUUGGGCUUUCCCGGGCGUGGUGGCGGACGGAGGCAGCAUUGGCGGCGGUGUUGCGGGCUCCGGUGUUGGGCACACGUGGCAGUUUGAAGGCGGCGAUCAAGGUGGCUUUGUUUCUGGAGACUGCUUCCCUUGGCCGGGACUAGCCAUUUCCACACCCGGAAAUGGUCUCAAAUAAAGAUAAACAAAAACCUCUUUUUUGGUUUAUUUUGUUUUGGUUUGAUUCCCUUCAGGUUUAAUUCUAGGGUUACGUACUUAAUGUUUAAGGGAAUCAUGGUAUAUCAUCUACUUCCAAUUAGAAUCACGACUCUACUCUUUCCCCCAUCCCCCCAAAAAAUCAUCUUUUGUAUUUAACUCCUCUCCUGUUUCUCUUUAUGUUAAACUUAUUAGAGAUAGUUAAAAUGAGGUGUGUGAUUGUAUUGCUUUGCUUUUGGAUGACCUGAUCUGUGUGUGUGUAUUCCCUUUGGCGUGUGUAUUACGCUUUGCUAGUCUUUCUCUUCUCAGUUAAUGUCUUUUGCUCUUUCAUUUCAA